UGCCUUGAUUCUUGUUAAAUCAGUUCUUUCUUCUUUCAAAGUUGAUAAGCAGUGAACAAAACCAACGAGUUGUGCUCAAUUCUUUCAUUUGCAAUCGAUUAUCUCGCGAUAGAGUAGCACAGAAAAGUGAUAACUAGUUUCAGCAGAAUAAUGAGCGACUUUCAAUCUGUUUAUUUUCGUCGGCAAAUGGUUUCAAGCGCCAGAGAAUCGAUGUUUUCUAUCAGUUGAGUGAGUGCAGAAACAGUGACUUUGCUGCUGGACAAGAAGCCAAAAAUAGAUCUGAACUUUCAACUACUUCACUAAAACAAUAGACUGUUUAAGCCUAACUGUUAAUUCAUAAGUUGGGCGAGAAGACUGUUGAUAAGUGGAAUUACUUUAACCCAAUGCUUAAUUUAUUUUGAAGCAUUAUUUUUUAGGAUCAUAUAAGUACCUAGCCUACGGUAUACCCUAACUUAUUCUUAUCUUUUAAAAGUCGGUCUUUUACUUAUAACCUAGCAAAGAAAGAACAGUUUUACUUCUUCUGUAGUUUAAGAGCUUUACACUGGAGUCGAAUUUGUUUGUUGUGGUAGUUGGUCGAAUGAGGAGAGAUCUUCAAUCGCAAAUUAGGCACACAUCAUCUGACCAUUUCUCAGAGUUGUCAGCGGCUAUCUAGUAUUGAAUUUGACAACAGUACAUAUCGUUUGAAAAUCUUGGGAGUUUUAGUCGUCCAAUUCGACUUAUUUUGAGCACGAAUUGCUGCAGAAAACUUACGAAUUUGGAGAAAACAGGUCUUAUCUGUCAAAUUUGGAAAGUUAGAAAGAAGACCCAGGCACAAUAUUGUCAUGGCACCUAUGCCGCUCGUGCGUUCUCACCUGAGGAACAAGGACGAUUCUGACGAAGAAAGAGACAUCAACUACUCGUGGACAACUGCUCCUCAUCAACCAGUUGUUAGAAGAUUUUCUCCACUUGUUGUGGCUCUGGUUGGUUUACCAGCAAGAGGAAAAACCGUUCUUGCCCAUAAGCUACAGAGAUUCCUCUCAUGGAAGGGACAUUCAGUUAGAGUGUUCAGCGUUAGUAAUUAUAGAAGAAAACAUAUUGAGCUGUACAACAGCCAUGACCUUUUCAGAGCUGACAAUAAAGAAGCCUAUGAAAUCAGAAAGCAAAGUGCUAGUGAAGCCAUGGAGGAUACAUCUGAUUGGCUCAAAUCACAUGGAGACAUUGCUAUUCUUGAUGGAACCAAUGUCACGGAGGAAGCGCGCUCCCGUGUGAAUGAUUAUUUCGUCAAAAAGCAUGGAUUCAGAAUCAUGUUCGUUGAAUGCAUUUGUGAUGACGAAUACAUUAUUAGUCAAAACAUCAAGGAUAUCCUACAGUUCAGUAAGGACUAUCAAGAAAUGAGCAGUGAAAAAGCUUUGGAUGAUCUUCUACGUAAAAUUGAGCAUUACAUGGAUGUAUAUGAGACUAUCAACAAGAAAACAGAAGCUCAGUACUCUUACAUCAAAUUUUUCAAUGCAGGGGAGAAUGUUUCAAUGAAUAAAAUCAAUGGUCCAGGAAUCGGCGAAAUUCUGACAUUUAUAUCAAACUUCAGACCCCAAUCAAAGACAUUCUAUUUCUCAAGGCAUGGAGAGAGCGAGAACAAUGUGCUGGGUAAAAUAGGAGGCGAUGCUGAUUUGUCGCCGAGAGGCAAAAUGUAUGCCAGUGCUCUGGCUAAGCACAUGAAUGAUGCUUGCAUCGCCAACCUCAGAGUGUGGACCAGUCACAAAGUGAGAACCAUUCAGACUGCACAGCACAUCGUUGCUCCAAAAGAGCACCUUGCUGCUCUUGAUGAACUUGAUGCUGGAGUUUGUGAGGGCUUAACUUAUGAAGAAAUGCAGGAGAAAUAUCCACAGGAGUUCGCAUGGAGGGAUCAGGAUAAACUGCGCUACCGCUACCCCUGGGGUGAAUCUUACAUUGACAUAAUGAAUCGCUUGGAGCAAGUGAUUAUGGAACUUGAACGAGAUGAAAAUCUCCUCGUUAUUAGUCAUCAGGCUGUUCUGCGCUGUAUUCUUGGAUAUUUCCUCGACAAAGACUUGGACGAAUUGCCUUACAUCAAUGUUCCGCUCCACACGAUUAUCAAACUGACAACGGAAGGAUAUAAAUGUCGUUUGGAAUUCAUCAAACUGAAUGUCGAAUGUGUCGAUACGUACAGAAAACAGCCCAAGACAAUUUCUACCUCUCGAACUACAGAAGAGGCUCUCAAAACUGUGCCUUUUCAUCUUGAAGAGCUCAACGAUCUUUGGAAAAUGAUGAAAGAGCCUCCUCAGACAUCGGACUUGAUCAAACAAUAAUCAAAUUAUGUUGAUCAUUUCCUUCAAAUCUGAAUCGAUGGAACGGAAACCUGAAGUUAUUUUUAUGCUUAGUUAUAUUUCACUAUAAUGUAUGAUCAGGGAGCUUAUAACUGCAGUUAUUCUAUUAUAUUAUGUUAAAUGAUCAACUAUUUUGAUAACCUCUAUCUUUAUUUACGUACUUUUGGAAAGUAGAAAACUAGUUAAAAUAUUUUGUUUGACAUUUUGCUUCUCUCUUUAAUUUGUUCCGGUAUAAGGGUAGCGAGAAUUCAUAUCAGCUUCAUAAAAAAUUAUAAUCAUGUACUGACAUACUUUCUAAUAGGUUAUUAAAUAAUAUUAUUGAAUGAUUGUUUCUAAUCUACAUCAUGGUUGAUCAAUUUUAUUUAAUAUGGUCUAAGCUGCUAGAUAUUGUUGAAGUAGAUAUUAUUCUCUUCCUGAGUAGAAAAGUCAAUCACAUGAGCAAUUUUACUGCCUUUAAUUAAAUUACAUAUUAACUAGUUUUAUUUAACAUUUACCUAUCUUAUUAAUCCUGUGCCUGGUCGCAUUUGAAACUAUUUACGGUAUUAAUUGGAUCGGAAACAAAAGAUAAUUUACUCUUUUGAUAUUGGGAUCUUUAAAAAUAUUAGUUCAUUGUAAUUGAAGUCCAUAAUGCUGUAUGAAUUGGAAUCGGUUGUCUUUUUCGUGUGUUUUAUCCCAUGUCUUGAAAUGAUGACUUGGCAAAACUUUUAUUUAUACACAAAUUCUUAAUAAAGCUGGGUUUUCGUUUGUGCGUAAAUGCAGUCGUCGACCACGACAGGGAGGAAAUCUCAGAUUGGGUGGAUUUCAAUUUGUCUACAUAACCUGAAAGAUUAUGUUCAAUUAUGUUUUAAUGGGGCAGGUUGAGCUUAUACUUUUAAAUGGCAAUAUGUCGAUAUUAUUAAAAAAUGUUAAAUUCUUUAAUAAUAGAGGCAAAUAAUGAAAGUUAUUUGAUCAGCUGUUUUAGCACACUUUGAAAUUUGGACAAUAUGAAUGUCAACAAUGCUUGCCGUCGUCGACUGCGGAAAUUUACGCACAAACGAAAAUGCACCUUAAAAUGUCUGUCUAUUAGUGUUUUAUGAGUAAAUUUGAAUAGUUACAAAUAGUUUAUUAUUUUUUAUAUAUUCUUUAUUUUCUAUAGUUAUUAUUGUACUGUACUGAGCUUUACUUCCAUGUUGAACCUUAUUUUUAACAGGACAAGUUGGUUGUUUAUGCCUUUUAAUAAUGUGGGAUGCUAUUUGAAAGACUGACAAAGCUGUUCACUACUGCAAGCUUAUCUGCUGGAGACUGGAACCUCUUCAAUUGCCAAAAAAAUUCAAUAACUCUCCAAUAAGUAUAAUUUCUUUUAGAUACCGCAGUUCACAUUCAUAGUUGAUUUUAAGGAAAAUGACUACAUUUUCUAUAAAAGUUUCAGAAUGAAGACUUAUUCACUUGUUUAUUAACUGAUUGUAAUUGUUCCACAAAAUUAAUGAAUCUUUUAUAAAUGUUAUUACUUUCGUGAUUCUAGUUUAUUUAUAUUUUGUAAUCCAAAAACAUGAUAGGAACAAAUUCUAAUCGAUCUUGAUAUAGGCUAUAGAACUAAGUGCUUUUUUGGAACAAUAUAUAGGUUUCGGUGCUCAAUGCUCUGGGGGUCAUUGGGAUAUUCAGACGAGGGGUCCGCUCCCUGGCAAAAUGUUCAAAAUUAGCCUCGAAAAAGUGUUUUAAAGCUAAUGGCUCACGAAAAGUUAAAAAGUAAUGUUGUUGUUUUUUUUUAUUUUGUCCUUAGAGGUAACGAACGGCACAAAAACAGCACUGGCUAUUAUAAUUUUGUAUCAAGUCCAGAAACGCUUCCAUUUUCUGAACGAAGUGGCUCCAAGUCUCAAGGAACAUUAAUUGGGGGUUUUGCAUUUUAGUCAUGUUUAAAGCCUGCUAUUGAACAAAACAAUAUCUGUGAUAACCGUCUGAAGAUUAAAUUUAUUAUUAUCAAUAUUAUUAUGUCCAUCUGUCAGCUUUAGAUGGUUUGUUAUCAAGCCCACAUUUAUUAUUAUUUUGAUUGGCAUUGAAGGUAUUUCGUAAAAUAUUGGUAUUUUAGUUUGUGUUAUUUCUUAGAAAGUUCGUUUUUGAACAGUAUUUUUGUAUAUUAAGAACUAAAACUUUAUAUAGAAUAAAAGUAUUUAAAAAAAUAA